AUGUUUUCACUUAGUUCCUUAUCUAAUGGUGGUGGGCAUUCAGAGCAAAAAGAAAAAGAGAAGAUAAGCUAUUUCGAUAUACGAAUAAACUCCCCGUAUAAGGACAUAGUGUUGAUCCAGGGAUCGCCGUUAGAGCUGUCGCCUAUACCAUUAUCCGGCAAUCUAGCGAUAUCGGUGAAGAAUGAGCUUGUAGUGAAGAAGAUAUCGCUAAGACUGGUGGGGAAGUUCAAGUUGGAGUUCUUACAAGUCGGGCGGUACAAGAAGAACAGCAGUAGUUUGGCGAGUUUGGUGAAGGAGAAGAGAAAGAUAUUCGAAUGCUACUGGGACAAUUUGUUGGUGUCCGCAAAGGGAGACAUUCUAAUCGGCGGGGACGAAACAGAGAAUCAGCCAAGCAACAACAGCAGUGGUAACACGAGCGGCCAAGACACGGACAUCAGUAAUAGUCCGCUGUUUCUCAGCAAGAGGUCAUUGUCGAGCCCCGUUUUCAACAAAAUCAUACGAAGAAAGACGCAUUCCUCCCACAGGACGAUGCUAGAGUUGCCAGAGAACGGUGUCACAGGAACGCCAUUCGAGGGACUCAACAACAAUAGCAGCAGCAGUAGCAGCAGUAAUAACAAUAAAGACGGAUCCGGAGGGUCGUACUUAUUUCUACUGAAAAGGGGCAACUACGAGCUGCCUUUCAAUGCCAUGCUCCCACCAGAGGUGUGCGAGACUAUCGAGGGACUUCAAAGCGGCAGUAUCCUGUAUUCAUUCGAAGCCGUGAUAGAUGGCCGCCAGUUGUGGGAAAGCGACGUGAACACCCACACGACGUCCAGUAAUGCCACCGGCAGCGCGAGCGCAAACGCAACCGGCAUAAGAACGAAGAACAAAAUCAUCGUCAAGAAGUACAAAUACCUCAGAAUCCUUCGAACCCUGUCGAUGGACAACCUGGCCAUGCAAGAGGAAAUCAGCGUGGGCAACACAUGGCGCGACAAACUCCAGUACGAGACAUCAAUCCCGAGCAGAGCCGUCCCCAUCGGCAGCACCACCCCCGUUAAGAUCAAGAUCUUCCCCUUCGAGAAGAACAUCCGCCUGGACAAAAUCGAAAUGGCCCUAAUCCAGUACUACGCGAUGAAAGACGGCAGCGCGCAGAUCUACGACGACGAGUUGGCCGUAAUGAAAACCACCCAUCUGGCAGAUUUCGGCCCGCUGACGGACAAACUUGACGUGGACUGUCCCUUCACUAUCCCGGACAACCUGAAGCAGAUCACUCAGGACUGCUGCGUGCACGACAACCUGAUCCGCGUCAUGCACAAACUGCAGGUGCGUAUCCUAUUGCAGCGCCAAGUAGACGGCGAAUACAAAAACUUGGAGAUCAAGGCUCAAUUGCCCGUGUUGCUGUUCAUCUCCCCGCACCUGCCCAUGAAGGGCCGCUUGGUGCUGUUCGACAAGCACGAUGGCAAGAUCCACUUCCGGCCGGGCGAGCUAGUACCCCUAUUCGCAGAUACCUGCCCCGCGCCGGGUCUGACUCCGGGCCCAUCAUUGGCCUCCACUGUUGCCGCCACGGCGCACCUCGUGCUACCGCCGCCGCCUAACUAUCGCGAAAGCACCAGCGACCACCUCGUGCCCGCGCUACAGCCGCUCGGCGCCGGCUCGGCCACGCUGGUGGUGCCGUCCUACGAGCAGGCGCAAGCGCAGGCGUCCGCGCCCGCCUCGUCGCACGCGACAGGGUCCGUGCCCGCGUACCGCGAUGACGACUGA